AUGUUGGACAUAGGCAAAUCAUCCAACCUCCCAACGCCAAAAUGCUACUUUAGCACCACAACUCUUCCUUCCUAUAACAACAUCUCCGAAUUGCCGACCAAGAAAUCACCGUUCAAUCUCUUACACAACUCACCGUAUUACCACACUGCCACACUAGUCUCGCCAUCAUCUUCUCCUCUCAAAAUCACCACAUCCUCGACACAAGCAAGAUAUGCACGGAUACGAAUGCCACUCCUCUCACUUCUCACAGGAGACUUUUUCACCAAACACAUCAAGACUGGAAACGUGUUACUGCUAUCUGCACCUCUGAAACUGGAUACGACAUCUUCAGAAGCAAGUUUUACAUUGAUCAAUGGUGUGCUGAGCAUAACCUGCGAUCGCGCACUCUACGAACGUGCUGGCCUUACUGGAACUGCUAUCCCAGAUCCUCAUGCUAGGAAACAUGGCACUUCAAAGUUUCGCAUUGAGCUGAAUUUGCGAUUGCCUUCAAUGCUUGCUGGCAAGAAGGGAUUUGAGCGUGUCUUACGGGCUGCUGAGACGGUGUUUGUGGGAGAAAUCUCGUGGUUGUUCUAUGAUGUUGCAGCUGCAGGGGUUGCCGACAACGAUACGGCGCUAGGCAAAGAGGUCGAAAUCAAGCAAGUAAAGAUGGAAACUGAAGACUUGCAAAAAGUGCUGGUGCCUGGUUUCCCAUAUGAUAUCUCCAAGAACGCAGACGGCGAGAAUGAUCUGGUCGAGUUGUUGGAAUGGAUCUCUCUGGCUGCUCUCAACUCUCCAAGGAUACAACAGGGAGAUCUGGUCGAUGAAAUUAUCAGUCGUUAUGGGGUUCCCACAAUCUCGCCAAAGUCUACGACAGAUGGAACGAGUAAUGGCACAACGACACAAAAUCUGACGAGAACAACAUUCACGGGGUUCUUGCCAGCUUCUAUCCUUGCGUCUACCUUUGGCAAGGCUCUUCUGGAGUCGAAAGGUUCUUGGUUUGCAUUCCUGGUACAAGGAUUUGAAGACGGGAAAAGUUUUGUCAUACUCAAGACGCAAGAUAAUCGUACUUUGGCUUGGAAUAUCGAGGGUUGA